UCCGCAGAAAUGGCCAUCUAACCACCAAGCCCGCUAGAACUCCAUUAAGACUUAUCACUAUUGCAAUAUAUAUCUCAUCUACACAAAUGUCAUCUCUCCGACACCUCCGCCCCGUUUUCCGCGCCUCAUGGACGGCUCGCCGCACCUACGCCAGUCAAACCCCAGGCAAUCCUGUGCUCGAAAUCUUCAACCGCAAGGUUAAACACCUCCAGAAAGACCGCGCCGCACAGAAUGUCGAAGAGAGUCGAAAAGUCGACUACCUCAGAGAUGAGGUGGCCAUGCGGCUAUGUGAACGUCUUCUUGACAUAAAACGAAGAUUCCCCAAUGUUCUCGAUCUCGGUGCAAACAGCUGCAACAUUGCGCGCGCCCUCACAACUCCCAUUCCCCCCCUCGACGCAGCAGCAGCCCCAGACGGAGACGCAGACGCGGCCGCCGCAGGAGCAACGACCAUAACCACCGAGGGUGCGACAAUCUCCCCAGGUGGAGAGCCAGUCACCCUUGCAGACCGGAUAGACCACCUCACCUGCGUCGAGACCUCGUCGGCCCUCCUGCACCGCGACGCAGACCUCCCUUUCAACAAACUCCUCCCUAUAACCCGCAAGGUCAUUCCUGAUCUCGAGUCUCUUCCCUACGAACCCAACACCUUUGAUGCAGUUCUCUCGUCGCUUUCAAUCCACUGGAUAAACGAUCUCCCCUCGUUGCUGGCACAAGUGAAUUCGAUCUUGAAGCCGGACUGUCCGUUCAUCGCGGCGAUGUUUGGAGGUGAUACGCUCUUUGAGCUACGAACGUCGUUGCAGCUGGCGGAUUUAGAGCGGAGAGGUGGUGUCUCACCUCAUGUUAGUCCGCUUGCGGAUGUGAGAGAUGUGGGAGGGUUGUUGACCAAGGCUGGGUUCAAGAUGCUUACGGUCGAUGUGGAGGAUAUCGUGGUGGAAUUCCCGGAUACGUUUGCCCUCAUGGCGGAUCUGCAGGCGAUGGGUGAGAACAAUGCGAUUCUGCAGCGGGAGCAGGGCCCUAUUUCGAGAGAUGUGUUGCUCGCCAACGAGGCGAUCUACCGGCAGCUGCAUAUGGAGGAGGGGAGUCGUGGUAUUCCGGCGACAUUCCGGCUGAUAUACAUGAUCGGCUGGAAAGAGGGGGAAGGACAGAGCAAGCCGUUGCCGAGGGGAAGUGGGGAGGUCAAUCUGAAGGAUAUUCUUGGUGGUGGUGAUUUCAGGCCAUAG